AUGGGCCGUAAGAAGAUCCAAAUCACCCGAAUCGCCGAUGAGCGGAAUCGUCAGGUGACGUUCACGAAGCGAAAAUUCGGUCUGAUGAAGAAAGCCUACGAGUUGUCGGUGCUUUGCGAUUGCGAGAUUGCGCUCAUCGUUUUCAACUCGACGAACAAGCUUUUCCAAUACGCCUCGACGGACAUGGACAAAGUGUUGUUGAAAUACACCGAGUACAACGAGCCACAUGAGUCACGUACUAACUCGGACAUCAUGGAGGCUUUGCAGAGAAAGGAGCAAAAAGGCGGCUGCGCUGGCGGCGAUUCGGAUGAUGAUUCGGCUGGCCCGUCCACCCCACAUCCACCACCGCCAUCACUUCCGCAACAACAAACAUCUCAAAUCAACGGAAUGCACAUGAAUCGUUUUUCCUCUCCACCAUCGUCACUUUCAUCGAUGCAACUCUCAAAUUCGAAUGUCUCUCCACCCGAACCACCAACCGCUCCACAACCCACGGAUUUCACUCGUUUCCCUUCGCUUUAUCAGAACCUCUUCUUGCCGCAUUCAGCCUACGGCGCUCGUCCACCGGCCGUCCAAAUGGGACCCCCGCCGCCCGUCUCAAAGCCUCUCGAUUUUCCCACUUCUUCAGCUUUUCCCGAUUAUCACACUGAUCCGGCUAGCCUUCCACCGCAUCUUACCGAUCCCGAAUGUGACAUUGUUGGCUUCACAGGCACUCGGAUAGACGGCGGAUGGACGAAUCUCCAUCAACCGCUCAAGCCGGCCGCCUACGUGAAAACGGAGCCCGAUUCGCCACCCGAUAAAAGACCAAGAAUCGCCGAAGCCUGGAGACCGCAGCAAUCAAUUUCC